GGCUCUGCGAGGAGACGCCACACGCUGUCCGCGGCUCCACCUCUAUCACACCGGCUAACGUUACACGGAGACCCGUCCACGGCCACUCUACAUUUGAGGGACCCCCGCAGGCCAUUUGGAACAGCCAGCCGCAUCUUCACCACCUGGGGUUAGGAGCAAGGUGUGAACUGCCCAUCGAAUACUAUCUGUUUUCAGUAAGUGUGUGUGCGCCAUGUCGUCUAAACCUCACCCUCCUCUGAUGAAGAAGCACAGUCAGACGGACCUGAUAAGCCGCCUGAAGAGCCGGAAGAUUCUUGGAGUCGGCGGCGAGGAUGAUGACGGCGAAGUGCACCGCUCAAAGAUCAGUCAGAUGCUCGGAAAUGAGAUGAAGUUUACAGUGCGAGAGCCUAUCGGGCUGAGGGUGUGGAUACUCCUCUCUGCAGUGGGGUUCACAGCUAUGGCCGUGAUGGCCCUAGUGUUUCCCAACCAGCUAUAUGAGGUUGUUUUUGAGGAAGAGCUCUCCACGACUAGCAUCUCUGUUCGCCUUUAUGGAGGAGCACUGCUUAGCCUGGCCCUUAUCAUGUGGAAUGGUCUCUACACCGCAGAGAAGCUCAUCAUCCAGUGGACUCUGCUCAGUGAAGCCUGCUACUUUGCUGUCCAAUUUCUUGUGACAUCCAUCACCUUAAUGGAGAUUGGCAUCCUGCCCAACGCUGCCAUACUGCUGCUCCUCAGUCGGGUGCUCUUCCUGGUGGUCUCCAUGGCGUACUACUACUCCCUGGGCCGUAAGUCGAAGAAGAUCUGAGCCCACUGGUUGAUGCUUCCAGGGAGGGGGGACAGCUGAGCACAGCACAAAGAAAAGGGUCAGAAGGUUGGGGAAUAUUAUUUGAUUGGGGCUUGGAGCAUUACUUUGCCAGUGGAUGCCCCCUGCCCCCUUCCAUGGGACCCCCCCCCGUACUCAACAGAUCAGCACCGUCUCAAGUUCCGGACUCUGCAACAAGAACGAGAAAUCUUAUGGCGAAAGUGAAUUUCUCUUUCACUGGGCUGUGAGGUCAAGCCCCUCAUGACACACAUCCCUCCUUGGUGCAGUUCUGAGAGAUGUUGUAAAGAAGGAGCUAGCCAUUUGUAGUGCAUUGCUUUCUUGUGUCACCUAGCUAUGAUUUAAUAUGUACAGUGCAUCGAAGUUGUUUGUGUGCAGCCACGUGAUUUCCUGAUUCAGUAUUUUGUGUAAAUGCAGUAGAUUUCUAUCUGGACACCGCUUUUUAAUCACUCGAGGACCAAAAUGUGCUCAUUAGUUACCUGGUUGACGCUGUUGAUGUUAACUAGUACUGUAUGUUUGCGCAAGUGAAGCGUAAAUAUCUGCCCGUGAAUGCUUCUCUGACGACUCUACAUUGAACACAUUGAAUGGAAAAAGCAUCAACUGCUUCGUGUAAAUUUGGGUGUAGUCAGAUAAGCUAAAUGCUGGAUAAGUGACGAUGAACCUUUUCUGAUCCUGCUGACGGCUUUCUGAGUCGGCACACUGAAGAUCAGUUUUUACCUUCAACCAACCAAAUUCAGAUUUAGACUACCCAAAACAAAAUGCUAAAUCUAAAGUUUUCAGGGACAAAGUAUUUUCUUUUUUUUGUUGUAUUCCUUGAAGUUGUACCAAAGUGAAUAGGAAGUGUAUUAGAUGGAAUAUGUACAUGUCUGAGGUUAACGGUAAAUAGUUUGUAAUGUUGAGAAACGAUCAUGUGAACUGACGCUCGAAGAGAAAUUGUGUAGUUCUCUCUCUGUGUGUGUGUGUGUGUGUUGGUAGGUAGGACUUUAGCCUGAGUGGUCUUACAGAAAGUAAUUUUAGCAUGCUGACCUGUGAUGUCACAGGUCAGCAUGUUGGUGUGCAGAGAAAACAAACUUAAGCUGAUUCCUCUUCGGUCAUGUAGCACAUGUUUAUUCACAUACACCUUAUUCGUAGCCUUAAAACUACUUAAAGAACAGUCAUCAACACUGCGGCCUACUUCUUGUAUAUAUGUAAAUUAAAGUAUUUGCUAUUACGUGGUGUUCUCGUGAACGGGGAACUUUUUAAGUAUUCGUUAAAUUACUUUCAAAGAUUGCUCUCUUGGCAAGUCUUUUCUACCUAUUGUCAGUGUUUUUAUUUUAUGCAUGCAACAUAAUCCACCAAAAGAAAUGGCUCAAACUGUAUAGCAAGCUGCCACCAACUUGAACACAAAGCUGAGCAAUGGAGAUGUUAAUGGCGGUGAAUAAAUGGAUGAGUUAAAUGUGGCCACAAUGCCUAAAUGAUAACAUUUGUGCAUUAAAGCGGAUAUAACCCCACACUUGGUAAUUCCCACCUCAUCGAUAUGUUCGAUACGUUUCUACCUCCCACUAGUUGGCACGUCCUCAGGUACGCAACCUCCCAGCUCCGUGUUUUAGAGCCGUGCCAGCAAUGCUGAUUUAUAAACUUAAAAAGGCCAGUAAAAAAACGACACUUGCUCGUUUUGAAACGUAUUUUGAGUCCAACAAGAAACCUUCUGUCGGCCUCCUCCAAAGGUGGUCCAUAUUGUUGCAAAUGACCACGUUCAGUCCUGCCCCAGAAGGGAGUGGUCUUGAGGUCGGUGUGAUUGUGGGUUUGCAGUUGUGAGUCCAGCGCUGAAGGCAGAUGUGCUUGUUACUUGGGUGAGCCUUCAGUUCAGAUAGGGAAGACAUGAAACAUGGGUGAGGUCUCCCGUACUCCUGAAAAGUUGUAAUUAUACUUUGUCCCAGUGUUUAAUUAGAUGCAGCUCUCCCGAGUGACAUUGUGUGCCCAACCUACAGCUCCAUAGCGUGGUAAUUAUGGAAGUUUAGAGAAAAUGUCAUUCCAUUUCCGUCGAUACUACAGGCCUCAAAUCAUCAGCCCAGUGAAACAUUCAAAGGUCUGUGAAGUGGGUUAUUUUCGGAGAGAUGGGCAGAUUCGGUGGGAUGGGCAGAAAACGUCUUUCAUCCUCCUGGUUCUCUGACGUAAAUUAGUCAAAAUAUUACAUUGGCUAGUUGUGUCCUUGACGUUUUAGAGGAAUAGUAAGUUCAACUGUUCAGUCCCUCUGUAGAUCUAACAUAUAUUGUAUUUUUGUGUGAAUAUCAUACCAGGUAAAACUGUUUCAAGUUGUAGCAUUGUGUUUUUAUGUAUAUAUGUGCUAUAUUGUACCUCCAAAAAAUUUCUUGUUAUGGAUUUCCACGUUUUAGUUUCAAAUAAAGGACACUGCUAUUUA